AUGUUACAAUACGUUGUAUUAGUGUUUGUAAUAUUGAACAUAAUUUGUGACAUUAACUACUUGAUUAGAACAUUAAUCUCAGUUUUAACUGGAAGGCUGUAUCAAAGGAAAUAUUCUUUGAAUGAAACAACGACGAUAUACGGUAUUUGUACGUUUCAAGACUGUGAUAUAAACUUCAGGAAUAUUAAAAUAGCCAGGCUGCUUCGAGAUCUUGAUUUUGCGAGGUAUCAUUUUUAUGAGAGGACCGGAAUUUACCAAAGAAGUAGCGAGCUCAAAAUCAAAUCGUUGCAAGGAUGUACACUUACUGUAACCGAUGAUCCAGUGCCUUUGUUUGCGCUUUACAAAAUUAAUACCAAGCUCGUCUACUGGGAUGAUCGUUCUUUAUUUUUGGAACAUGAAGUGGUUACCAUACGAGAUGGUAAAGUUCGCUCUCUGUUAUUAUCUAGACAGCACGCGAUAGGACAAAAUGGGGACUCAACAGACGCCUUACUUGCUAACCUGCCAGGUUCAGAACUUCGGCCAUCUUGCCCUGAAUAUAUUGAACACUGGCUGGAAAGCAUGCGAAUAAGCAGCGCGAAAUUGAGAAAGGAAUCUUUAAUUAAUUAA